AAGAGCUUCAGGCCGCGCUCUCAUUUCGAGUGCGAUGAGAGAAGUGUAGACUGUCAUACGUGAAUGCGACGCAUCCAGGACUUUUCUAUAUUUUCACUGGCCGUUCUCAAUUCAGAAAGACAGGCUGGAAAGUACAAGUACGACCCUACUUCUUCUGUCUGUCCUGCGACGCGCAUUCAUCGCGGCCAUGCGCUCGUUCAGACAUGGCCGAACUCAAGUCCCUGGUGUGGAGAAUUGAUGGCAUCCCGGCCGGUGUCACAACAGAUGAUUUGAAGGACUAUUUUGAGGAGGCCGAGCGUACACGCAUAAUUAUUAAGACGAUUGUCCCUAGUCUUGACAGACCGCGCCAUCGUCAAUGCGCCACGGUCGAGUACAGGCAUAGCAUCGGUGAAUUGGACCACGUCCCUCGACUACGGAAGGAAGUUCGUGACGAGUUAUACAUUGAUCGCGAUUUCCGAGGCUUCACACCUUUGUACUGGCCUAAAUCAGGCGAGUACGAUGCAGACAUCAUCGCUGUGACCGGCCUCGCUGGUCAUGCAAUCGGAUCAUGGUCUUCAUCGAAUGGGAAGAUGUGGCUUCGCGACUUCAUCCCAGACGACAUGCCUACCGCUCGCGUCCUCACUUACGGAAACACGAGCAGACUGACAGGGCCACAACUCUCUGUAUCAACCUUGAGAGAUUUGGCCGGAGAUCUCCUGACAAGCUUGUUGGGCAUUCACCGAAAAGAUGAUGAACGUCCAAUAAUCUUUAUUGGACACAGCCUCGGGGGCUUAUUGAUCAAAAUGGCAAUUCUACAAGCCAGAGACGAACGCGAAAUUCGUCUACCUGUACGAUCUAUAAUUUUUCUCGGAACACCACAUCGCGGCAUGAAUAUUGAGGCGCUUCGCACAAUGAUCAUGGAUCAGCCUCCGGAACAACUCGUUGGUGAGCUUGCGGAAAAUUCAACAACGCUGAAAGAUCUGCACAACAGAUUUCGCAUAGCUUCAAGCAAGAUGCACAUACUAAGUGUAUAUGAAACCGUGCCGACACCGACUGUGACUUUCGACAACAGCCAACAGCGGUGGCUCCGAAAUGGUCCGCCAGUCAUUCUCGUGAGCUUUAAUUCUGCUAUAGAAAGCAGGAGCAAUGAAACCACCAGGUCGGCAGAUGUUGACCAUUCCAAAAUCGCCAAGAUAACGAACAGAUUUCAGGGCAGUCAAUAUCCCAUAAUUCGAGACAUCAUUAGGGACAGCCUUGUGCCGAAAGAUCAGACCAAUAUGCUCAUUGACAAGGAGCUUGAACUCCUCGCGAUCAAAGAAAACUGGACAUCUCAAGUACGAAGCAAAUAUGAGCCUAAUGCAAUGGCGACCUCACAUUGGUCAACGUCAAAGUCAGAUACUGUUUCACACUGGUUAGAUAGCACGGAGACAGCCUCGAACGCUAGUCUCCCCGCGACCACAACGCCCACCAGUAUCGCUGAGACUUUUAGCGACACGCCGCAGGACUCUCUCGCUAUCAGGUCGACGUGUGCUCAUCCUGGAGAUAAUGUUUCGACAGAGGCUCCCGGAUCCGGGUUGUCUGAGAGAUCGGAAGCAUACGCGUCAGCGCACUCGGGUAUAGUUAGCUCGGAUAUCUUAUCGGAGAUUUUGGAGUUUGUGCUUGAACACCAAGUUGAUCACUCUAUUUCUGAACCCGGGCAGCUCAAAUCGAUUAACUCAACACUGGUUCAAGCUAUAAAGCUGAGGGACAUUCAGCAAAUAAGGACCUGUCUCAUCGCAGAUCCCACACUUCUCAAUCUCCAGGACGAGAACUUUGAAUCGGCACUACACGUCGCCUGCUCCCUAGGAUUCGAAAACGAGACCCGAAUCCUGAUCGCAGCCGGAGCCAACAUCAAUGCAAAGAACGGACAUAACCACUCGCCUCUAUCACGUGCGAUAUUAGCCGGGCACUCUCAAAUUGCAAAAAUGCUUCUUGAGAAGGGCGCUGACACCACCUUUAUGAACGAAACUCCGGGACAACACGACUUCUAUGGGCUCACGCCGUUCGACUUUGCUUGCGAGGAAGGACAUACGAACUCCGUCCGUGUCAUGCUGGGUCAUGGCCGAGAUCUAGGAGAAACGCGAAAGGGACUUUUCCUCGCAGCCCGCGCAGGGCAUCUCGAAACAUGCAAAUUACUAUUGGCUCAUAAGGUCGACUCCAAUUACAGUCACGACUAUUGGACAACUCUGUACGCCGCGGCGAGAUUCGGACAUGUCGAAAUUGUAAGAGUAUUGCUGGAUCACGGUGCCCGUGCAUGGCCAACCAUUGACUCCGCGACGAGAUUCAAUUUUCGGACUCGAGGAUCAGAUGUGCAGACGCAAUCGAUGAUAAUCUCAUUAUUGGAGAGCAAAGGAAUUUUCCAAGGCAAUACUUUUCUAUCAGUACUUUCUGCGAAAAUAUUCGGUGAUCUAUUCGGUUAG